GAGGAGGAGGGAGGAAGAUGCUUCAGAAUGACACAGAUGUUCGCAGACGGCGUWCUCCCUCUGCAGUGAACUGGGUUUUUUUCCAACAUGCCAGCAGACAAACUGACGCAGGAGCUGAGCUUUCUGGAGUCUGACAGCAAACACUGACUCACACGCUCUGGAUUAUUCUGCAGAAUUAAAAAAACAGACACAGGAGCAGAAAUGGCAGCAGCAGACAUCCUCCCCUUUGCUCUGUGGAUCAUCACAUUCCUCUCGUCCGUCCUCUGCUGCCCUGAGUCUUGUACUUGCUCAGAUAAAUACGAGCGCCACUAUGCUGAAUGCUCCUACAGAGACUUAGCCAAAGUCCCAGAGGGUUUGCCUCCCAACGUGACGACCGUGAGUCUCUCUGCCAACCUGAUCGCCAUGAUCCCACUCGGCAGCUUCGAUAACGUCACCCAGGUGACCUCCCUGUGGAUGGCCCGAAACGACAUCUCCUCCAUCGAGGAAGGGAGCCUCGUACCUUUGGUUCAUCUUCGUAACUUCGACAUUAGCCACAAUAAGAUGGCAGACUUCCCCUGGGGGGAUUUGCUGAACCUGACGGCUCUGGAGUUGCUGAAGAUGAACCACAACGAGUUGGCCCACCUGCCCAGAGACGCCUUCGCCAACCUCAAAAACCUGAGGUCACUCAGACUUAACAACAACAGGUUCGUGACCAUAGCUGAGGGGACAUUUGACAGCUUGGUGUCUUUGUCACAUUUGCAGAUUUUUAACAAUCCUUUCGUGUGCACCUGCACCUUGGACUGGCUCAGAGACUGGAUCUCCACAACCAUCGUCUCAGUUUCGGAUCAGAGCUUGAUCACUUGCGCAUCUCCCAAGGAACUUAAAGGUGAAAUCAUUUCAAAACUGCCAGAGUCCAAGUGUACAAGCCCAAAUGUCACAAUACUGACUGAACCGCAUGUUAUCGACAUGGUUUUCCAUGAGAACUCUGAAUUAAUUUUGACUUGUGAGUUCAAGGGAAACCCAAGACCUCUGAUGGUGUGGAAUAUUUCCAGCAAAGGCCAAAAACAUGAGGUGGUUCUGUCUGUCACUGAGGAUGACUCUGCAGAAUCUAAUGAAGGGUCUGACUCAUUAAAAGUGUUUAACAAUGGCACGCUUCUCAUUUCAAGCCUGAGACAAGAGGAUGGUGGGGACUACAGCUGCUCUGCAACAAAUGCGUUUGGCAGAGCUGAAGAUUCAGUGUCUGUUAAGGUGAUUGCAAGUCCAAAACCAACACCAAUCAAAGUGAUGACCACAGUGCUCACUUCCACUCAAACCAACCCAACAGUUCACCCACAAACCAAGAGAAAAUCAGUCUUUGGUUCUCUAAAUCUUCCGGAUUUAGAAAGAAAAGACCCUACAAUCCCUCCAACUGCUCACAUCAAUCCUAAAUUUUAUGAAGACACAACAAGAUACCUGGUUCGUUCAAGCAAAUGUGGCUUAACUGCGAACACAAAGAACAUCUCCGGCCACAUCCUGAACGCAAGCCUGGACGAUGUAAAGCAGUACACCUUUGACUUUGGUGUCAUUGCACUUGGAGUGUCAGAAACAGAGGCAACGGUGCGACUCAAUCCUCUACUUAUACCCCAAGACAGGAGCCCCAGCCAAGCCAAGAGCUUCCAGAGUGACAGCGAGGAAAACUCCGGCUUUCCGGAUGUCCCGGAAAACUUCCAAUCAAGCGGUUUGUAUCUUUGCAUCGCUACCGACAGUAAACACUCUGCUGUUCAGUGGUCGCAGAUCAAGGAAGGUGUCAACACCUACCUGUUCAGUGGCUUACGACCCAGCACAAACUACUCCCUGUGUCUGACCUACAGAGGGGAGGACUGUGAAGUCCAGGUGCUGUUUGCCACCAGACGGAGGGUACCGAACCUCCUCAUCAUCAUCUCCGUCAGCAUCUGCCUGCUCACCGUGUCCACCGUGCCUCUGCUUGGCGCAACGUGCUUCCACCUGGUCUACAAGUACCGCAGUAAGACCUACCGUCUGAUCCUGAAGGCCAAAGACCAGUACCACCUGGAGAGGAACCUGAACCUGAGCAUGCACGCUCCCAUCAGAGAGUCUCAGAGGAAGAUAAACGAGUACGAAGUAGAGACGGAGAGCGUAGACGACGGGGAGAAGGAGGCAGACACAGAGGAAAGCAUCGUCACCGAGUCUUUCACUUGCAAGGGAAACGUAGAUGACAGUGAGAUGGGAUCCGAGUACAGCGACAGGCUGCCUUUGGGGGCUGAAGCCGUCAAUAUUACCAGCAACUACAGAUAUCCUGAUGACUAAUCCGCAAACAUAUUCUGACCCAAAUCAGUCUUAUUUCUCAUUGGUUUGGUUUAUUUUAAGCCCCAAAGAAGUUCUGCUCUCCUUCACAUUGAUCUGACAUGGAUGAAGGUAGAUUUGCUUUAAAACAGAACCAAAGCUGCUAAUGUCUGUAGCAGAACUUGAGCUAGACCCAAACGUCUGAGUGAAAAUGGGCCCAAACCUGGGAUGCAAAUGGUUGAUAAAUGAGUUAUUAGAAUCUAAUUUGUUUCAAUCGAUUAACUAAUGACGUCCGAUUAAACUUUUUUCAGCGUUGUAGUUUGGCCACCGAUACAGAAAUAAAGAUGGUCGCGCAGGUAUCCCAGAACGGGAAAGAGAAACGGUCCAAACAGAGUCCGGUAUGCGGUUCUGUUUUGAAAUAUAAACACUCAACAAUAGAGUUGAUUCUGCUGAUGACGGAGCAGCAUCAACCAAUUUGCUACGAAGGCGAGGAGGAUCUGAUGACAUAAACGUGAAGGAAUAAUGCAGAAAAACUGCAACAUGAUAGAAAAAGUCAUGAUGCCAAUAAGCAUGGAUUAUGUUGAGGGUUGUCUAAGUUUAAUACUGUAAGACAGUGUUUCUCAACUCUGGUCCUCACCGCCCGCCCUGCUCUGUGCCUCUAUUCCAGAACAGCUGAUUAAAAUGAU